GUCCUGAUCCCCACCACCAUGCGAGUGCUUUCAGCAUCCAUGACAAGAGACAGUUCAGAUCCAACAUGUCUGAAAGCAACAAGAUGGAUAUAGACAAACAGGAAGAGAAGGAAGAAGUGAAGGAAGAACCACAAAAUAAACAAGAUACGGAAGAAAAAGAAAAGAAGAUUCCAGAAGAAAAAGAAAAGAAGGAGGUUAAGGCGGAGGACACGAAGGUUUCCUUGUCGCAACUGAAAAAAAUGGUAAAAAGCCUGAUGUAUGGAGGACGUCACGGCGGCCGCUGCGGAGGCAGAGGUGGUCGAUGGGGCGGCCGUCGUGGCGGAAGAGGAGGACGCCGGGGCGGUAGAAGAGGCGGCGGGCGUCAAGUUAUCUUCAAUAUAUAUUAAAGUUUUGUUUAAA